AUGCUCGCACGGAGCCGCGUACUCCCCAUCAUCCGUCGCAACGCCCUUGCUUCCGCCUCUAUCCAGCUUUUCUCCAACCACCUCGCUCGUCGCCUGGCACCCAGCGGCACCACCCAUCCCUUGGCGCGCCGCAGCAUGUCGGCCUCCAUGAGCACAACACGCACGGCGAUGCGGCAGAGCAAGAUGACCGUGUCUGCGCCAGCUAGCGUGCCGCGGCUGCGCGGAGAUGAGCUACAGCUGCAGACGAUGCAGGACGCCGAGAAGCUGCUUGAACAGCUCAAGCCUCAAUUCACCACCAAGCUGCAUCUCCAGGCUAUCGGGCUGCCGGGGCGACAGCUGCCGCUCGUGACCAAGGAUGACCGCAUGCUUCCGCACCUCUUCAACGCUGCGGGUGUACGAUAUGUCCAGCCGCAUCCGAACGGCGAUCCUGCCCACCGAAUCGUUCUUCUCGACGUGCCCUCUUCGUCGCCCACUCCGCCCGCUGUGCUCGAGCUCGUGGCGAAGCACGACUUCGAGCUGGUGGGUGAUGUACCGCUCGAACUUGGGUACGACCAUCUGUCGUCCGAUCAGGUGCUUGAGGCUCUCCUCCCCACGCAAAUCGUAGCGGCAGAAGGUGUUCCUUCUGGGUUCACGAUCGUUGGCCACAUUGCGCACCUCAACCUGCUCGACAUCUAUCUGCCGUUCCGCUUUCUGGUGGGCCACGUGAUUCUGUCCAAGCACGCAGGCUCGCUGCGCACAGUGGUGAAUAAGCUCGACACCAUCGAUACCGAGUUCCGCUUCUUCAAGAUGGAGCUGCUGGCGGGCCAGGCCCAGUACACCGCCAGCGUGAGCGAGAGCGAGUGCACGUUCGAGUUCGACUUUCGCAGCGUCUACUGGAACUCAAGGCUGCACGCCGAGCACAUGCGCCUCAUCAAGCGGUGUCGACCCAACCAGGUGCUUGCGGAUGUCAUGGCGGGCGUAGGACCUUUUGCGGUACCAGCUGCAAAGAGGGGUGCAUGGGUGCUGGCGAAUGAUCUGAAUCCCAGCAGUCACGAAAGCCUCGUAAGGAACGCCAAGAUCAACAAGGUCGGGAUGGAUGAAAGCAGGGCGGAUGGGGGGUUGGUGGCGACAUGUAUGGAUGGACGCGAGUUCGUGCGUUGGGCGGUGGUCGAGACGUGGAAGCGAGCUUUCCGUGGCCGACCGAAGGGUUACGACGCACAGGAUAGCGAGGCGGAUGAUGAGCGCCUGCGCGAGUCGGUGCGAAAGGCAGCCAAGGAGAGGGCCAAGAAGCUGCGCGAUGCACACGCUGCACGUGCUGCCUCCAAAACCCUCGGCGAGCUCGAGGAAGCCACGUCGCGCCUUGCGGUGGACAAUGCUGUUGUAGCCAGCCUUCCCGAUGUGGAGCGGUGGGAACCUCGUCUUUUGGUUGAUCAUUUCGUCAUGAACCUCCCCGCCACGGCACUGGAGUUUCUCGACGCCUUCCGUGGUGCCUACACUCACCUUGCAGCCAGUGUGGGGGUUGAGGCGGUCAAGGCGGAGGUGGAAAGGAGAAGCGCGAGUGGGGAUGGUUCGAUGACCAAUGUGCCCAUGGUGCAUGUACACUGUUUCAGCAAGGAUCCCUUCCAACCCGCACGCGAUAUCCUCACGCGCGCCAAUGCCGCACUGGGCAUAUCCGAUAGCGAACAUCGACUGCGGUGCAAACCAAUCGCACCGCCUCCUCAAACCCUUGCUGCCCUGCGCAAAUCCCCCGCAGCAACUGCAACAUACAUCGCCUCCCAUCCCAACUACAACCUCUACACAAACGCAAACACACAGGAAGCAUUCAUGACAGUCGUCAAUCAACAGUGGCAACACCUCGAUCAAGGGAUUCACACCCCCGGCCUCGAGGUGCACUACGUCCGAGACGUUGCACCCAAUAAACAGAUGUACUGCCUCUCCUUCCCCCUACCCCCCCAAGUCCUCUGGUCAUCCAUCUAG